AUGGGUGAAAACGAUGCGGCUAUUUAUAGUGUUGUUAAUGAGUUAAUCGAUUCAUGCAUCAUGGACGAUAUCUUACAUCUUCACCGAGCAAUUAAAUUAGGUUACUCUCAUUUAAUCCUUGCUGACUCGGAGGAUGUUGAUGGUGGAGAAAGUGAUUCCGCUACCCUCCACUCCUCUUCCAGAUCGGAUCCAGUAAAUAGGUCUUCGGCUUGUUGUCGUUGCGUCAAAUGUCAUUGCAAAGUGGCGGCGACUCGGUAUGCCUCCCAUCUCUCCAAUUGCAUGGGUCUUGGACGAAACAGCUCUCGAAGAGCAAAUAAGCGCAUAGCUGAACAACAACGUUUUGAGGACUCGGAUGAUGUUGAUGAUGCCCACUAUUUGGAUCACAGUCCCAUGUCAUCUUCUGGUCACAAACACGACUACCCAUCGCUUAGCAAUUACCCCAAAAAUCAAAGUUCAGGCUUUCCCUCUCGAGCCUCGAAGAAUAAUAAUGUGAAGAUUAGUGGGUUGUCUACUAAAUCCUCCAAUGGCAGGAAUGCAAACAACUCUCUUCCCGCUGAGCCCGUGUUCGAAAAGACAGACUCCUUUGACAGCAUUUCCUUCUCCUGUGAUGAUGAUGAGAGCAACUCUUCGGAGGCCACUAGACGUUCUGGUGUUUCACGAAUCAGGCGGCACCAGAAGCUGCACGUCUAA